UUCGUUGGCUGAAGCGUCAAGCAGCUUAGAUUGCGCGCACCGGGGAGCAAGUUGCGGUGCGCGUGCAAGAGGGGAAGCGGUGGCUGUUUGCAAAUUAAGCGGAGCAGAUCAAAUGAGAUCUUUCAAGCAAGUCCGCCUGACAGCGAGUGAUUGUGAAGCCCUUCGGCAGAGCCCAGAAGGCACAGCCGCCCUGACGCAGCCCCUCACCAAGAGGCUGGGCACCCGAGGUUCCGGUAGGGGCCUUUGCCCAACUCCUCGGAGGAAGAAGCGUUCCAAAGGUCACCAAAGCACCAUCACGGAUUACUUCAGGAGUCAAUCCCGCAUCAUAAAAUGCUCCGAUAACACGGCAGAAAGCCACCCCGUCAAAGCUGAGGAAGCUCUGGAGAACUUGGCUCUUGAUCUGGCGUCCGACUCCGAUGACUCCUGCAAUCUUCUUGGAGGUGAUGGGGACACGGUGGCAGCCCCCAGGAAACGAUUACGUUUCUCCCAGGGAUCUAGCCACUCCUGCGGAAGCGCUGGCCAAGAGGUCCAAGAACACAAGCCGUGGUUGGGGAGCCCUCCCGAGCAGAGCUCGGGUGGUGGGACUGUCAAACAGGAAGUUCAAGACAUCGAGGUGGACCCUCUUCCCGAUGCCCACUUUGGGCUCUUGGGAACCCAGUCUGGGGAUGACGUACCUCAGGGAACCUUGGAGGAACUGCCAGAUGAACUCCUUCAAGAGAUCUUUGCCCUGGUGCCCCUAGUUGAUCUUCUCCAGAACCUCUGUCUGGUGUGUCAACAUUGGAAACGUAUCAUCUCUGACGUGAAGUUCAUUCCUUGGAAGAAACUCUACUCUCAGUAUGUGAAAGCCGUCGACCCAGCCUUGCUGACUGUUCGAAUCGUUCUGCAACGGUACAGCUUAACCCAGAUGCACCCCCAGUGCAUGCUGGGAUUUAUCCGGUGUGCGGCUGCUGUUCGGAGCUGCCACUGCCGAGAUCCUACCGCUAUCCUCGCGUGUCUGGAACGCCACUCGCUGUUUCCCAAGGCGCAAAUCUGCAUCGCCAAGAAUCUUCCGGAUUUGGAGAGUUGCAAAGAGAAAGCGGCCUAUGUUCGGGCAGUGAUGGCGGCCAUUGUGCUCUUCACUGGAGGUGUUUGCGAUAUUCAGGAGCUGGUGGGCUGCCUCCAAAGGCUCACCUCUCCCAUGUCAGUGAUGGACAUCAGUGAAAUGUUGUACUGCACGGCCACCCUCCUUUACGCCAUGCGAGAGAACGGGGUCCAGAUCAGCAACAGGCUUCACUACAACGUUUUCUGUUGCCUGUAUCACCUGGAAAAUUCGGCCUGUAGCGCACUUAUCACAAACCCUGGAUUACCCAGCAGUGAAAGAGGUCUUAGUCCUGACUUACAGCCUACCAGUGAACAACAACAGAUCUUGAACCAUGCCCUUACACCCGGACAGAGGGUAAAAAUUGUGGCUUUUGCAGGCACAGGGAAAACGUCCACUCUGAUCCAGUACGCCCGAAAGUGGUCCCACCUUCAUUUCUUGUACUUGGCGUUCAACAAGACCAUUGCAAAGCAAGCGUCCCAGCUCUUUCCGGACAACGUCAAAUGCAAAACCAUCCACUCCUUAGCUUACGCAGAAGUUGGCAAACAUUACCGACGAAAACUUAACCUGGGCUCGCUGACCUCCUACCUGGUCAGUUUCGUCCUCUCCAAUCGCCAGGGCCAGUCUCUGUUCAUCAGAGCCAAGUCGGUUGUUCAGACCCUCGCCGCCUUUUUCGCUUCGGCCGAUGUCUCCAUCGCAGUGGACCACACGCCCAUCUGGUGCAAGAACAACCACGGGGAAAAAGUUCUUGUCGACCAACGCGAAAAGCAGAUCAUUGUUGAAGAAGCAAAAGAAAUAUGGAGCAAGAUGCAGACGCUGAGCCCAACCGGAGAAAUGGCGCACCGAAUGACGCACGAUGGUUACCUGAAGCUUUGGCAACUCCAGAAGCCUUCGCUUUCCGAAUACGAUGUCAUCUUGGUGGAUGAGGCCCAGGAUUGCACCCCCGCUGUUAUGGACAUUGUCCUCUCGCAACCGUGUGGUGUGAUCUUGGUGGGAGACCCACACCAGCAGAUCUACACCUUUCGGGGUGCGGUCAACACACUUUCUGAGGUGCCCCACAGCCGCAUCUUCUACCUGACACAGAGUUUUCGCUUUGGCUCCGAAAUCGCUUACGUGGGCGCGACCAUUCUGGAUGUCUCUAAGGGAGUCCAGAAGAAAACGCUGGUGGGGAACAAGCAGGAAAGUGACGUCAGUGGGGUCGGCGUGGAGGGGACGGUGGCCCACUUAUCCCGGACCAACAAAACUGUCUUUGAGGAUGCUGUGAAGCUUACCUGUGGAGACGCACCUGCUAAGAUACACUUGCUCGGGGGACUGAAAGCCUUUGGCCUUGAGAAGAUUCAUGAUCUCUGGAAGCUCCUUCAUCCGGAAUUGAGACUCGAGAUAAAGGAUCCCUUCAUCAAGAAGUGGGCUGAGAAGGGCUUGGCCAGCAUCAAGGACUAUGCUGACAAAGCAGAAGACAAACAGCUGGAAAUAAAGAUUGCAAUUGUGGAGACAUAUCGGGAUCGUAUUCCGGAGCUGGUGGAGAGAAUAACCCGAUGCCACGUCUCGGCUCCAAAGAAAGCAGACCACAUCCUAGGCACUGUGCACAAGGCCAAGGGGCUGGAGUUCGACACGGUCCAAGUUGCUGGAGAUUUUGCCAGCAUCCCCUUUACCUGGCCCUACCUUGAAAGGAUGCCUCGGUCCCCACCUGAAGCCGUCCCUGAAGAUGAGUGGAACUUGCUGUACGUCGCGGUCACGCGAGCUAAGGAGGGUCUCAUCCUGCCCAGAUUUCUCACCGAUAUCCUAAAAGUGGCCAAGGAAUACUACGUACGGUUUGAACUCGCCGACAAAGUGCGCAAAACGACAUCCCUUUGGUGUUCGGAGCGCGGCUGCUGCAACGCCAUCCCAGCGGAUUCUGUCCUAAUCCCCAAAAGGACGAAGUUUGUUUACACGGAUGGCACCCAAACCCCCGAGGGAUUGCUUUGUCCUUUUUGCACCACGAGGACCCUCGGCCCCAUUGCACAGCUGACAGGCUGUCCCACUAUAGUGCAGGAGGCUGCCUGUCGCCCAGAAGUCAUGGAGCUUCCGCCCGCAGUUCGCCUCCUUCUCGAAAUCCUUUGAGUUCUCCCCCCCCCCCCAAAAAAAUUGCACUGGGUAUUUUUCAAGGAAAAAAGAAGCAAAGAAUGUAGAAAGGAAGUAGUUCUGUUUGAUGUGGGAGUGAUGGUCUUGUUGUGGUGCCCGGGUAAGGAAUGUGCAGAAAAGCCCGGCCACAUCUCUAUACAGUUGUUUUGCUGUGCAGCCGGAAUAUUUUGCACUAUUAACCAUCGCAGCUGGUGGUUCCCUUGGCUGAAAUUUCCAACAUCUGACCUCAUAUCGAAAGCAAUAGCACCUAGACUUAUAUAUCGCUUUGCAGCACUUUACAGCCCUCUCUAAGCGGUUUACAGAGUCAGCAUCUUGUCCUCAACAAUCUGGAUCAAACUGCUGGCAGUCGGCAGAGUUAG